UCUGCUUGGACCUGCCUAUUACGGUCGCCGGUUUCUUCCGGAAUGGGAUGUGUCGAGAUGUCUCUUGACACUGCGCCCUAUACUGAUCAGCAUGGUGACUAUUAGCUGAAUUGCACCUCGGUCACACUGUUGCGAACCUGGACUGUACAUAUGGUGUGGCGGCGGACGCAACGUGCCUUCAAGUAAGAUGCACGGGACGGAAUCUCUUCGUUUGCGUUUUGGUCAGAGCCAUCGAAAGGUAUUGUGCGAAGUGUACAGUCAUGUCACAACUAACCGCAAAAGCAGCAGCGUCGGCAUCGAGAUCACUGCACGUUCCAGGCAAGCCUGUGGUAUUGGCCAAUGUGUACGAGAUUGUCAACGCCCGCGCGGUUGCUGCUUUGCCAGCCUGUAAAGCCCUUGCAACAGCCCGCUAUGGCAACGCCAAAGCUCACGGCACCGAAGACAAUGAUCUGACGCUUGAGACGAACCUAGCGUCCAUUCGUGGAAUUGCCACAGUCGCCGAAGAAUUUGGCAAGCCGUUGACUGUCGAUCUCCAGGACGGUUACGGCUCAAGGCUGGAGGAAGCCAUCCGAAGCAUUGUGAAGCUUGGUGCGGUUGGCUGCAACCUUGAGGACUUUGACUCCGCAGUACAAAAGCUUUAUUCGCAAGCGGAAGCGACGGAUAGAGUCAAACGCGUCCUCGGUGUUGCAAAGCACAACGGGGUGCCUGACUUCGUAUUGAAUGCCCGCUGUGACGCCUUCGCUUACGGCGGUGACAUAUCCGAGGUCGUUGAGCGGGGGAAGGCAUACCUCGAUGCCGGUGCGACGACUGUGUUUGUCUGGGGCGGUCGUGCGCGUGGUAUCAGUCGCUCUGAGGUGUCCGAGACGGUCAAAGCACUUGAUGGACGCUUGAAUGUCAUGAUGAAGCUGUCGCCCGAUGGGCUGAACGUUGGGCAGCUCGCUAGCCUAGGCGUGGCUAGGACAAGUGUCGGUCCAGCGCUGCAGAUCCUUGCUAUGCUGACUUACUCUGAAGGAGCCGACAAGAUCUUGAAGCAGGCCGAGAACAGCGAGGUUCGUCGGGACUGACGUGGGCUCAACAUAGCCCGUUCGUUAGUCUGGCCGGGGGCGGGAUGCUUACGACCG